UUAUGUUGGUUUACUUUAGGGUGUUUACACUCCACAAGGUCAAUCUCGACCUCCUUUUGCCAUGGGUAGUAAUUAUGUUGAGGGUGUUUACACUCCACAAGGUCAAUCUCGACCUCCUUUUGCCAUGGGUCGUAGUAAUUACGUUCAGGGUCAUGGUCGCGAAUCCCAAUCUCAACUUUCUUUUGCCAUGUGUCAUACUAAUUAUGCCGAGGGUGAUGGUCGUGCAACCUAUAUUUCUCAACCUCAAUCCCAAUCUCGACCUGAAUCCCAAUCUCAACCUUCAUUUGCCAUGGGUCGUACAAGUGUACAUCAUGUCAUGUAUCCUACAUAUGAUGGAAAUAACACGCCUCAGUCAAUGCCGCCUGAUUCAAUGCCUUUACUGUAUCCCACUCCGGCAUCGUUUCAGAAAUUGCUUCGAGAUAGUACUGCAGUCCAACUGUCACAAGCCUCACAUAGUCUUGCUGACAGUCGUGUGGAUGGGCAUCCCUGGAAGGCUUGCAUUGAACGAUGAUGUUAUUAUAUUUGUGGAUUUGGGUGUAUUUUUUUUUAUGUUCGGUGGGAUUUGGAUAUUUUUGAUGGACAAUUUUUUUUAUGUAUUUGUAAUGUUUUGUGGGAUUUGUAUAAUUUUUAUGGAUAUAUUUUUUAUGUAUUUGUAAUGUUUGGUGGGAUUUGAAUUUUUUUAUGGACAUUUUUUAUUACACCCAAGAAGGGGUGAGAGUUUAGUAUUAA